AUGAAACUGUAUUUAUUUAACUCUUUAACUAAUCAAAAUGACUGUUUAAUAUUUGAGCCUCAGCAGACAAUUAACUUUUACUUAUGUGGUCCAACCGUUUACGACCAUAUUCACAUUGGUAAUCUCCGAACAGUAAUUGUUUUUGAUGUUUUGCAUCGUUUUUUGCUCCAUUGUGGUUAUAGAGUUAAAUACGCCCACAAUUUAACAGAUGUUGACGACAAAAUCAUUCAAAAAGCCCAAAAAGAAAAAAAAACUGAACAGCAAAUCGCUUGUCAUUAUACUAGAGUUUAUUUUCAAAAUUUGAUAAACUAUAACGUUCUUCAACCAACAUUUACUCCUAAAGUAACUGACUACAUUCCUCAAAUUAAAGAGUUUAUUAAUAAAUUACUAAAAAAUAAUCACGCUUAUCAGCAGGGAGAUAACAUUUUAUUUAGGGUAAAAGGCAAUCAAGCAUACGGUCAACUUUCCAAACAAAAAGCCGAAAAAUUACAAAGAAAUGGUCGACCAGGCUGGCAUACUGAAUGCGUGAUUUUUAUCCAAGAACUAUUCAAAGGAAAAACUAUUGAUAUUCACGGAGGGGGACAGGACCUAUUAUUUCCUCAUCAUGAAAACGAAAGAAUCCAAUAUUUAGCAGUUAAUAGCCAAGAAUUAAGUAAAAUUUGA